AACUACAUCUCCCAGGAUGCCUUGCGACGCUGAGGCGCCUGCGCCCGCCCGCGGGCGGCGCUCAUUGGGCCGCGCCGCUCCGGGGUUGCGCCCUCACGCUCUGGGGCGGGGCUCCGAGGGCGAUGGCCGCCACUGCCGCCGCGGUGGUUGUGGCCGCGGCUGUGGGCGGAGGGCUGCUGCUCCUCGCCCGGCGCCUCUGGCCGGCGGCGGCCGCGGGGAAGGGCAGCGCUACGGCCGCCGCCGCCGCUGCCUUGUGCUGGAUGGAGGGCAAGACGGUGAUCAUCACGGGCGCCAACAGCGGCCUGGGCCGGGCGGCGGCGGCCGAGCUGCUGAGGCGCCGCGCGAGGGUCAUCAUGGCCUGCCGGGACCCGGCGCGCGCCGAGGAGGCGGCCCGGGAGCUGCGCGCCGAGAUGGGCCUGAGCUCGAGGGAAAGAGGAGGAGGAGGAGGAGGAGGAGGCCGAGGGGAGCUGGUGGUGCGCCAGCUGGACUUGGCCUCGCUGGGCUCCGUGCGCCGCUUCUGCCAGCAGGUGCUGCAGGUAAAGAGACAGGCCCGUCUGGCUGGGCUGCAGCUAAAGAGCUGCUGCUAUUAUUAUUAUUAUGAUUAUUAUUAUUAAUAUCAUUUAUACAUACAUACCCGGCCCAUCUGGCUGGGCUGCAGCUAAAGAGCAAUCAUCAUCAUUAAUAAUAUUAUUAUUAUUAAUACCCUGCCCAUCUGGCUGGGCUGUAGCUAAAGAGCAAUUAUUAUUAUUAUUAUUAUUAUUAUUAUUAUUACCCUGCCCAUUUGGCUGGGCCGCAGCUAAAGAGCUGCUAUUGUUAAUAAUAAUAAUAAUAAUAACAUCAUUUAUUUAUACAUACAUACAUACCCGGCCCAUCUGGUAAAGAGCAAUCAUCAUUAAUAUUAUUAUUAAUAAUACUAUGCCCAUCUGGCUGGGCUGCAGCUAAAGAGCUGCCAUUAUUAUUACUGUUACUGUUACUAUUAUUAUAUACCCUGCCCAUCUGACUGGGAUACACCUAAAGAGCUACCACUAUUAUUAUUAAUAAUAAUACCCUGCCCAUCUGGCUGGGUUCCAGGUAAAGAGCUAUGAUUAUGAUUUAUACCAUCUGGCUGGGCUGCAGCUAAAGAGCUGCCAUUAUUAUUAUUAUUAUUAUUAUUAUUAUUAUUAUCAUCUCCCACCCAUCUGGCUGGGCUGCUGCUAAAGACCCUUCACCUUUGAUCCCAACUGACUGAGGUAUAGAAUUUCAGAAUAAAUAAGUGGGGCUUUCUUCUAAGUAUGCAUGUCUUGGGGUCCAGAGUUCAAGGGACCACAGAGUCAAAACAAUUGUCGAGUCGGAAGGGACCGCAAGGGUCAUCUAGCCCAACCCCCUGCAAUGCAGGGAUCUUUUGCCUAACUUGGGGCUCGAAUCCACAACCCUGAGAUUAAGAGCCUCAUGCUCUACCAAUUGAGCUGUCCGAUGUACGCCUAAGAUUUUAUUGGUAGCUCCCUUCAUCUGUAGUUGUUGCUGUUUAAUGUAGCAGUCUACCCAAAUGGCACAGCACAAAAUGGUUUCCUCUUUGCACCAUAAGCAUUAACAGUGAGAAUAUAUCUUUGCUGAAUCUGAAAUGCAGACUAGCCAGUAUGAGGGCGGUUACAGCCUGAUCCUAUUGAUUUAAAGACAGACAACCGCAGGGUGGAUAGAGAAGAGGAGCUGGUUGAUCUGGUUUGGGCCUUGCUUGUAUCAGAUGCAAACUUGUUUUGUGAAGUACACACAGUAUCCUUUUUCCAAGAAGAAUGACAUGUCAGUAAUAAAUCUUAGAAUUUAUUAUCACAAAAGCGAGAGAAGAGUAUGUUACAUAUAUAGGAAAAUAGAAUCCAGUACAUCUGAAGGGGACAGAUACAGCAAUAUCAUUAAUAAAAGAGCAUUUGACCUUCCAAUGUCAAAUCUUGCCAUGCAACUAUUAAUAGUAUCAAAAGAGAGUAAAACAGUGACAAUUUAGCAGAAACAACAAAGCCAUAAGCUGUAUUUGUUUUGCAUUCCUUGGAAAGUCACUGGAAGUCUCCUUUCACCCAGUAGUCAAUAAGUGAUCAAUUAAAUAUGAGAUUAAAUAUGAGAAGAGUGUCUGGUCACACCAAAUGAGCCAGUUUAAGAGCUUGCACUCUUGUAUGUUUUUGGAGAUAUGAUAUUUUGAAAUAACGGACCUGACAAUCCUGGCACAGUGCAGCUGUAUAGCUAAAUAUUAUUAGUGAACGAGACUGCAGUCCUGUCCCUGCUUACCUGGGAGUAAUCCCCACUGAAUUCAUUAGGACUUAGUUCUGAGGAGACAUGAAUAGCGUUGCACUGUAAAUGGCUUGUGUUUCAGCAGUUGGAGUGUUCUCCAAUAACAUUUAAUUGCUAUUAAAAGUGAGAUGAGUUGCGGAACUUGUAUGUGUUAGGCCAUGCUGCUUGUGAAGUGUUUUUGAUUGCAUUUUUUCUUUCCCCCCUCACUUUCCCCAAAGAUUAUCAGAGAGGGGCAAAAUGCCCCUCUUUUGUAUCACAAACGUGUGACAUCGGCUAAGCUGAGAGAAUGAUUGAAACAUAGAAAGUCACCUAGGGAGAGUUUAAUGACAGAGGAGAUUUGAACCCAGUAACGGUCCAACUCUACAUUGAGGGUGGUCAACUAGUAGCCUUAGGCUCACAUGCUGCCCUCAGCCUAAUUUCAAGCAGCCUUUGGUCUGCCUUUCAUGAGGCAAAAAGGAGAGAAAAGGAGGUGGCUGAGAGAGGGGGAAGAGACAAAGGAGUGGCAGAAAGUGGGAGAAAAGAGCGUGGGCCUACCCACUGCUAGUACAGUGGUACCUCGGGUUACAUAGGCUUCAGGUUACAGACUCCGCUAACCCAGAAAUAGUACCUUAGGUUAAGAACUUUGCUUCAGGAUGAGAACAGAAAUCGUGCUCCGGCGGCGCGGCAGCAGCAGGAGGCCCCAUUAGCUAAAGUGGUGCUUCAGGUUAAGAAUAGUAUCAGGUUAAGAACGGACCUCCGGAACGAAUUAAGUACUUAACCUGAGGUACCACUGUAUGUCCCAUCCCAACAAAUAACCCUAAGAGAAAAAACAUUGACAGGAAAAAAAGGUCAAUAGGUUCAGGUUGGAGUGAGCGGAAAAUCAAAAUGGUGUGUGGCCAAAUCAAUAAAGGUAUUGCUAGCAUUGGAAGUGGUCAACUGUAAAGGGCUUCACUUUUAAGGGAUCAAACUUUUUAAUCUUUAUUUUUUUAAAAAUGAAUAAUUUUAAUAUUAUUGCAUUAGUAUGUCUGACUACUUUUCCCCUCUGUUGUGUAAAGGAAGAGUCUAGGCUGGAUGUCCUGAUCAACAACGCAGGGAUAUUCCAGUGUCCCUAUAUGAAGACGGAGGACGGCUUCGAGAUGCAGUUUGGCGUCAACCACUUGGGGCACUUCUUGCUCACAAACCUCCUCCUUGGACUUCUGAAAAGCUCUGCACCCAGCAGGAUUGUGGUGGUUUCCUCCAAGCUUUACAAAUACGGCGAGAUCAACUUUGAUGACUUGAACAGUGAGCUAAAUUACAAUAAAAGCUUUGCUUAUAGUCGGAGUAAACUGGCCAACAUACUGUUCACUAGGGAAUUAGCCCGUCGCUUAGAGAACACAGGGGUCACGGUCAAUGUGCUCCAUCCCGGUAUUGUCAGAACAAAUCUAGGCAGACAUAUACAUAUCCCUUUGCUAGCCAAGCCCCUCUUCAAUUUGGUAUCUUGGGCUUUCUUCAAAACCCCUCUGGAAGGAGCCCAGACUUCAAUUUAUCUGGCCUCCUCCCCCGAAGUAGAGGGUGUAUCUGGGAAAUAUUUUGGAAACUGCAAGGAGGAACAACUGUUGCCCAAUGCCAUGGAUGAUUUGGUUGCAAGGAAACUGUGGGAUAUCAGUGAAGUGAUGGUGGGGCUAUUAAAAUAAAGGUCAAGGAGAAGCACUGUAUCAAAAUAGUGUCAAUAGAUAGUCUUUCAGAAUUUACAGUUUCUUGCUUCUGUUAUCUUGCCUCAUUGCAACAGAUGGAGCCCAAGUUAUUUUGCAUCUCUGGCUGGGAUUUAUCACAAUCAAUGCAGACUGUGUUUGUUUUUUUUAAGAGAAAAUAUCAGAAUAAAUUAAUAUUUAAAGAAAAUAAUUAGAGGUGGAGGUUUUUGUAUAUUUUGGGCUGAAGGGAGUUUUUUGCUGUUCUGCAAACAAAACGGAAAGUUGUCUGCUUUCGUAGGUGUUUUCUGAUAGUUCAGUGCUUCAUAUCCAAAUUAGCUGUGCAUGGUACUGUAUAUGAAAUAUGUGGCAGCUUCAUUUUUGUCCUCCAAAAAGGAAUUCCAAGAAUAUAAGACAGAGAAAAUCACCUGUGAAUCGCUCGAGUCAAUGAGUAUUUUUCUGCUUUGGUAAGAAAUCCCAGCUGAAAACAGCUUGGCAUGAUGUAAUAGCACCAUUGUACACUGACUGUUCUCUAGACAUCUCUAGGAACAGUAUUCCAGAUGCAGAUGAUAGCAUAUUUCAGUCAAUAAUUGAUGUAUGCGUAACAAUGGAUUGCAUCUUUGAUGUUGUCUGACUUUGCAAAGCAGUUAUUGCAUUAUUGCAGUCCUCCACCACCUCAACUAGGACCUCUUACUUCAGGUAUGCUUCUUUGGCUAGCAGCACUUCACAGAUCACAUUUAGUCAAAACCUUUUAGGUUUAGUGUAUGGCACAGGUGAAAAUUACUGCUUUGCACUUGCUUACCAAGUCCCGAUCCACAACUGGCUUUCUGUUUGUUACGUUUGCACACCUGAAGUGAGUACGUGGUUCUUCCAGAAUCAGUAAGCCAUGAUGUGGCAUUCCUACACUUCUUAGCUGAGACUGUUCUCCUUUAGUGCAGUUGUGUGUUAAGAAAGUUUCACUUAUAUCCAUGGAACAUUAUAAUAUAAUAUACAGUGUUUUGCACGGAUUCACAUACAUCGAUUUUAUGUCCUUGGAGUUAUUUUGAGUGAUUUAUACUAACAAAAUACGAAUGGGGCAUCGCAUAGAAUCACAAACUAGAAUCUCAGAGCAAAUCACAAGAGGUGGGAGUGACACACAAAUCAUUAUGCAUAAAGUACAAUUCACAAACGACCAAAUUCCCACCUGUAAUUGCAUUAAUGGUGAAUUGUGACCUAAGCUGCUGUCGCCCACUUGGCAAUUUAAUGCUUUUACAAACUACAGGCCAAACACAGUGAUUCUGAGCUUGUUCCUUAGAAGUAAACGUAUCUCAGAUUGAAGUGUAAAUUGGCUGGCGUGGGUUCUGAGUCAUUGGACUAAUAAGCUGCCAUCUAAGUUUGCACUACAAUACAAGAACACUGACCCAAAUUUUAUAUACAUAUGCACGGAUACAGAACACCCACCCUCACUAUCAGUCUAAACUUGUCUUGAAUUAACACCCACCAUGAAUUUUCAUAUAGAUUCUCUGCUAUGCAGAGUCAUUUUUCACAGUAUUUAGGAUUGAGUUUAGUUACCUAAAUGUGCCUCCUUUUGUUGUACAUAAAUAAAGGUAUAUCUUAAACAAACACAUAGCAAAGUUAUCUGUGUGCAUCAUUGUUGUGUUUCCUUAUUUAAAUUAAAAGCUUUGAAAUGCUUAAUCUACGUUUGUGAGGAUAGCAGGUAAGAGGGAGAGAGCGCAAAGUGCCAGAAUAAAAGAGGAGCAGUACAGUGGUACCUCGGGUUAAGUACUUAAUUCGUUCCGGAGGUCCAUUCUUAACCUGAAACUGUUCUUAACCUGAAGCACCACUUCAGCUAAUGGGGCUUCCUGCUGCCGCCGCGCCACCGGAGCACGAUUUCUGUUCUUAACCUGAAGCAGAGUUCUUAACCUGAAGCACUAUUUCUGGGUUAGCGGAGUCUGUAACCUGAAGCAUAUGUAACCCGAGGUACCACUGUAUUUAAGAAACAAACCAAAGGUUAGAAAACUUACAAGAGCCUGCAAGCCUCUUUCCAACGAAGGAAUGCUUGGGAUGCUACUUCUGAGCAUGUUUGUAAUGUCCAUGAAGGCUAAAUUGGAAAGACGACAUUUGCCCUGUCUGAAACCAUAGACCACCUUCUAUGAGAGCCAACCUCAAUGAGCUUAGUGGGACUUCUGUUUGAGGAGGCGUGUACAGGAUUGUAUUGUCUUUAGCAUACUUAACAAGGGAGGAGGCUGCAAUCCUAGGCAUGCUUGGAGUAAGUCCCAUUUAACACAAUGGGGUUCACUGCUAAGCACAAUAUUGGUAUUACUAACAGCACAAUAGCUUUCAAAAAUAAAUCCCACAGUUCAGGGACCUUUGCUAUGCAAUCCUGUGGCACGUCUACUCAGGAAUGUGCAGAGGGUUCUGCUACAAGGGCCACUGAACUCGAUGGGAUUUGUUUUUGAAGAAGGAUGUUUAGUAUUGUGCAGCAAUUAUCCUUAUAUGCUGGAUUCUAAAUAGAAUUAUACCUGAUACUUGCAUCCUAGGAUUGCACAAAGAUGUUUGAAGGCAGCUCGUCCUGUGCUUGGGUAUACACAUUAAAUCCAGUGUUAUGCUUCUUGAAGGAGUAUCUCUACUCCUUUGAGUGACAGUUGUAACAGGUCACUGGUUAUGCACAAAUGUAAAAAAAAGAAAAAAGAAGAAUCACGCUCCAAAGCUUUUUUUCAGGGAACUCUUCAAGCUAUUUAAAGAAGCAGUUACCAAUAAACCAUACAGUUGCUUCUGCAAAGUAAGUCCCCCGUUUGGGCAGUUACUGCUGCAGCGUGGUUGGAGGGUGGCGUGACAAGAUGCCACCAUCUUCAAACAUUGAGGCUGCCACUGGUACUAUGAGCAGAAUGAGGGCUGUGAUUAUGUGGUGGGGCCUAGACAACCCAGAGAUAUGCAAUGGAGAGCUAAGAACAACUGGAAAACUAGCUGUUGAAAUGGUGUAUUACAUGAGGCUUAUAGCGGGCUCCUAUGAGUGCAUAUGCAUUAUUUUUUAUGCAUUUAAGGUAUUUUAAAGGUAAAGGGACCCCUGACAGUUAAGUCCAGCCACGAAUGACUCUGGGGUUGCGUCACUCAUCUUGCUUUACAGGCCGAGGGAGCCGACAUUUGUCUGUUCUGCAGACAGUUUUUCGGGUUCAUGUGGCCAGCAUGUCAGCCGCUUCUGGUGCAAUGGAACACCGACACCAGAGCAGCGCAUGGAAACGCCAUUUACCUUCCCGCCGGAGCGGUACCUAUUUAUCUACUUGCACUUUUUGGCGUGCUUUCAAACUGCUAGUUUGGCAGGAGCUGGGACCGAGCAAUGGGAGCUCACCCCAUCACGGGGAUUUGAACUGCCAACCUUUUGAUCGGCAAGCCCAAAGCUCAGUGGUUUAGACCACAGCGCCACCUGGAAUAUAUUUUUAGCCUACUCUUUAUUGCAACCGAUUGUGGCGUGGGGGUGCAGUACCAUGAAUCAAAACCACAAUACAGUAUUGUAAAAAAGGCAGAAAAAAGCACCAGUGAUAAUAGGAAAACCUGACCUGGGCAUUAAUACCCUGCAAUGGCCUGCUCCAAAAAAUAGGUCUCCCAUUGGCACCAGAAAUUUACAUGUCUCAGCUGGGAGGGUAUGGCAUAUUUGGGGCAUCGCUGCUGGCAUGCAGUCCCCAACCAUAUCCCUCUGAGAUUAUGUCUGCAUUUUAGGAGGGAAGGUUACCAACCCCUAUAAUAAACCUUUUUUUAGGUCAUUUAUGCCGGGAUGCCAUUGACUUCUGAAUAAUCUGGAGAAGUUUUAGUUCUAGAGGCAAAUAGACUUGGUUCUUUUAUAUGUGCAUUUGCCAUUCGUAAUGAUGUAUAUGGGAAUAAGUGUUGAAAUAAUGGGAUUUGCUUCUAAGUAUAAUAGGCUUAGAACUAGGGUGUCGGGAAAUGACUUGAUUUCCCAGUUGAACAACCUUGAUACUUUUUCCAUUUAAGGUGAUUGGAAGGGGAGGAGGUUUAAAUUCCAAAUGUAUUUUAAAAAAUACCUUGUUCUUUGCUUUUCACAUAAGGCCCCCUUCCCCGGCCUAAUCUUCCAGGCAUUCUUCACCUGGCAAAACAGUCCAGGAGACCUAGACAGAAUAUUAUUUUUGAGAAUGGAGCUGUUGUUUUCUGUAGCAGAAAAUGGCCCCAUUCCAUCUCCUCUCCCAGCAACCACCAGCACCUUCGUUUCUGCUGUGACUGGCCUAAGAUCUAAGAACUUAAAUGAAUAUUGACUCGAUUCCAAGUAUCCUAAACACCAUCCAGGAAAAGAAAAGGGGGGAAGGGAAACCCCUGUUACUGAUCAUUCUUCAAAAGGUAAGCAUGGUAGGUGUUUUUUUUCCCCCUAAAUUCAGCAAAUGUCUUGCUCCAUUUUGGAAUUAUUGCCUUUUUAAAUAUUUGAAAGUAAUUAAUGAAUGUUUGUAUGUGUGUAAGUACUAGGUGCUAUGCUGGAAAUAGUCUUGAAACCUGUGCAGGGAGAAAAAGCAGGAGUCUAAUUAGCUGAGUCUCAUACUGCAUUUAGGUAGCACCCCCAGUACUAAGGGAUGCGGGUGGCGCUGUGGGUUAAACCACAGAGCCUAGGACUUGCCGAUCAGAAGGUUGGUGUUCGAAUCCCCGUUGCUCGGUCCCUGCUCUUGCCAACCUAGCAGUUCGAAAGCAUGUCAAAGUGCAAGUAGAUAAAUAGGUACCACUCCGGCGGGAAGGUAAAUGGCGUUUCUGUGCGCUGCUCUGGUUCGCCAGAAGUGGCUUAGUCAUGCUGGCCACAUGACCCGGAAGCUCCCUAGGCCAAUAAAGCAAGAUGAGCACCGCAACCCCAGAGUCAGUCACGACUGGACCUAAUGGUCAGGGGUCCCUUUACCUUUACCUUUUACCCAGUACUAAGUGGUACUACAGGUUACCCUUUUUCAAUUUUGCAGCUUGCUGAAAGAUUACCAAGGGGAUUCUAGAUUGCACAAGCAGGUUUGGGGGUGAUACUAUCUGCUGUGUUUGCUUCUGCACCCCUUUACUCAGCUGUACAUCUGCAAACAAAUAAGAUACUACAAAAUACCACAAGUUUGCAGCAUGUGGGUUCUACUAACUUUCCAGCUCGUUUGGAGUCUUAAUAAAAGAGCCAGGACAGCUUAAGAAAACCUUGAUAUCAGCCCUUGUUACUGAUAGCCAGUGAUACUGUUGCACAGAUCAGUGAUGGGGAACCUUUGAUUCUCCAGAUGUUGGAUUGCAACUCCCAUCAUCUCUGGGGCAGAUGGGAGCUGAGGCAUAUCUGGAAGGCCAUAGGUUCCGUAUUCCUGGCAUAGAUACUCCAGGCUAACUGUAACACCUGAAAUGAGUGCAAGCUUUGGAAGAUCUUUAUUAAGGCCCCAAACACCUGUGGUUUAUCUGGGCAAGUGUCCAUAUUCAGCAUAUCCUGAAAGCAAACUAUGCAGUCUCUUUUGUCAGCUUGUAUGGUAUUUCUAUGCAGGCAUCGGGUCACACCCAGUCCAUAAUCUUAAAGAAGAAGCAUUCUUAACACAUGGAAAACUGAUCAAACAUCCACUUCUACAAUGCAACAGGCCAACAAGAACCCUAUGUGUUCUUAAUGCUAGCACAUUCACCGCUACUUGCUGUGAUGCCUGCGAAAGGUUCCAGUAAAUAUCGUCUCAAAAAUUCACAAUGUCCAGUGGGGGAUGGGCCAUUUUUGGUUCCCAAUUCUUUUUCUUCUCUUGGAUGUGGCAGCCAUUGGAAGUUAUGCCACACAACUGCUGGCAGCCAUUUUGUGACGGCCGUUUCUCAAAAUUCCAAAUGUGCCCAUUGGCCCAAAAUGGUCGGUGACCUCUGCCUUAUAGUGACCCGAGGCAGCAACACGUUUUCUUCCAGUUAACAAUGGUUACUCACUGGAAGAUUGGCAAAGGUUUUGGCGGCUCGUAUUUCCUGGAAUCUGAGCAAGGUCUAAGACAGGGGUCAGCCAACUUUUUCAGCAGGGGACCGGUCCACUGUCUCUCAGACCUUGUGGGGUGCCGGACUAUAUUUGGGGGGUGGUGGUGAAAUGAACGAAUUCCUAUGCCCCACAAAUAACCCAGAGAUGCAUUUUAAAUAAAAGGACACAUUCUACUCAUGUAAAAACACGCUGAUUCCUGGACAUCCGCGGGCCAGAUUUAGAAGGCGAUUGGGCCAGAUCUGGCCCCCAGGCCUUAGUUUGCCUACCCAUGACUUAAGAGAUGGGAAAUCAAUGUUUAAGCAUCAAUUAACGGCUGGAGGGUUGGCAAACCUUCCUGUCUCCUUUUCGUUGCUGUACUUUUCAUAUGGCAACAGGCCAAUCUCAGGUACAUCACGUCCUGCUUUCUCCUUCCAAAGAGAACGGACCCUGACAUUCUCUGGAACUUCCCACCAGUUGGGAAAGUGAGAGAAAGUGACACUUGUCUCUCACACUGACAUCAUUGGGUCGUCCUUCCAAGUGAAUGUACUUCAGAGCAGAUUGUGUCAGUGAGUCGCCGGUGAGGGAGAACUCAAUUGUCCGGCCACUUUCUGCCAGUGAGAUUCGUUGCAUCUGAGAAACUUUACUGUGCUUUCAUGUCAGUUUUCAUCACAGGUUCAUUCUGAAUCCACAAGAGCAGGGCCCCGGCUUUUAUUGAACCGAUUAACUUGAAAGGCAACGCUUCCAUUGUGCGUUUGGACCUUUCGUCAGAUUAAAACAGCUUGCCAGUUCCCUGGGACCAGUGAGCAAACUGACUGCAAAGCAUGUUGUUUGUUUUAAAACUGCAGUGGGGCAUGGCUGUGUGUUUGCGCACGGGCUUAACAGAGAGCUCUGCUUUAUAUCCAUGAAUUACAGCAUUGUUUCUCGUUAACUUCCAAUUUACUGAUCUCCUGCUUUUUCAUUUGUGCCACAGUCAUUUGAUUUCUGAGGAAGGAUCGUAAUUGUUUGCUCUCUCAGGCUUUUGCUUGUGUCCGCUUAACACAUGGACAAUGACAAUUAGUGUCCCUACACACACACACACACAUUUUAAAAGGCCAUUUUGUAAGAAGAAAAGUGGGUUUGUGCUCUGUGUUCUUCUGUAUAUUUUUCUGACUUAGCUUGUUCUGCUGGCUAUAGGCUCAAGAUUGUAUAUGGUGUCAAAGCCAGCUUUGAUCUAGUCCAAUAGCCUAAUGUUUUUUGUAAAGAUCUGGCCGAAGAGGAACAGUAAGGUUCUAGAUUAAAGGAGAGGAAUUGCAUGGUUCUAGAUUUGAGGAGAGACACGUAAAAGAAAAAGGAAUGGAAUGUCUCUGGAACAUUUAGCUAUUGGAAUGAAACCUGGCCUGUACAUUCAAUACAUCUGUUUUUCAAGUUCGAAGGUGUCACAGCUCUCCACCACCCCCUUUUUUUUUGAGGGAAGAGCUCAUUUUGAACACGCCCAGUAAUGUUGGAGGUUUUGUUCUGUGUUACUUUUGCAUGUUUUUACCCAUAAAUGCAUUUUACCCAUAAAUGCAAGAGAGCCAGUGUGGUGUAGUGGUUAAGAGCGGUGGACUCAUAAUCUGGUGAACUGGGUUUGCGUUCCCGCUCCUCCACAUGCAACUGCUGGGUGACCUUGGGCUAGUCACACUUCUCUGAAGUCUCUCAGCCUCACUCACCUCACAGAGUGUUUGUUGUGGGGAAGGAAGGGGAAGGAGAAUGUUAGCUGCUUUGAGACUCCUUAGGGUAGUGAUAAAGCGGGAUAUGAAAUCCAAACUCUUCUUCUUAAUUCUGCAUUUCAGCACCAGGUGUUGAAAUUUUGCAUCUCCUAACAAUUUUGCACCCAGGGCAACCACCCCUGGGGGCCCCCAUGUUGUGAUCCCCCAUGCUAUGAUCCUGUACAGUAUGCCUCUGAAUGCCAGUUGCCAGGAAGCACAAGGGGGGAGCAUGCUUUUGUGGUCACAUCCUGCUCGUGGGUUUCUCUCAGGCAUCUGGCUGGUCACUAUGAGUACAGUAAAAGGUAAAGGACCCCUGGAUGGUUUAGUCCAGUCAAAGGCAACUGUGGGAUGCAGCGCUCAUCUUGCUUUCAGGCCGAGAGAGUCGGCGUUUGUCCACAGACACCUUUCCGGGUCAUGUGGCCAGCAUGACUAAACUGCUUCUGGUGCAAUGGGACACCGUGACAGAAACCAGAGUGCAUGGAAACGCCGUUUACCUUCCCACCACAGCGUACCUAUUUAUCUACUUGCACUGGUGUGCUUUCGAACUGCAAGUUGGCAGGAGCUGGGACAGAGCAAUGGGAGCUCACCCCAUCGCGGGGAUUCGAACUGCCAACCUUCUGAUCGGCAAGCCCAAGAGGCUCAGUGGUUUAGACCACAGCGCCACCUGCAUCCCUACUGUGAGUGCAGAAUGCUGGACCAGGUGGGCUUUCUUUGGUUUUAUCCAGCAGAGCUCCUUUUAUGUUCUUAUGACUAGCAAUGGCAGGGAGACGGGUUGUUCUGCUUUUCAGCCUUCUGCUUCAGCGUUCCUAUAAUAAGCAACACACUGUUCUCCAAUAAAUUCAAUGAAAAUCAGGCUUCACACUUUUGAUUCCUUUGGCCUUUAAUUUAUUUUAUUUCAUUUCAAGGAGCAUAAAACGCACGCUUUUAUAUAUUUAUUUCCAGAAAUCCUAUUUUCCCAGCACUUCUCAUGUAACACAAAGUUAACCAGAAAAAGAGUAAAAAUCCUUGGAGAUCACCUUUAAGCUUUGUGGAAAAAACCUCAUCGGCUCAGAGCAAUCAAAGUGAUGGGGACCAGAUACGUUAAGGAGACACUCUAUUAGGUUGUAUUCCCAUUGGGCUAAACUAACUAUUAUUAAUUCAGUGCCUGAAGUAUUACAAAUGUGCCCCAUUAGUGCAAUCGACCAUCUGGCUAGGCUCACUGUGUAGGAAGCCAGGCUGUUCCAAGUAUUCAGAUACAGCACACUAUUUUGGAAGUACUGGCAGAAUCUGUUGGCACAUAAACCAAUAAAAUAGAAAUAGAAACCCUAUCAGUAAUAAUCAAAGCUACAACUCUGGAAUGCAUGCCGGCGUAUGUGGCAAAGUACAGUGGUACCUCGGGUUAAGUACUUAAUUCGUUCCGGAGGUCCGUUCUUAACCUGAAACUGUUCUUAACCUGAAGCACCACUUUAGCUAAUGGGGCCUCCUGCUGCCGCCGUGCCGCCGGAGCACAAUUUCUGUUCUCAUCCUGAAGCAAAGUUCUUAACCCGAGGUAAUAUUUCUGGGUUAGUGGAGUCUGUAACCUGAAGCGUAUGUAACCCGAGGUACCACUGUAUAUGGAAUGGGGGCAGCACCCAGCAAGGAUCCUGCCAAUUCUCUAUAAAAUGUCUGGGGUGGGAGAAGACUGAUUUAAAAUGCCAACGUAAGUAAGUGGGGGGCUUGGUGCUCUUGCUCAUAUUGUUUCACCCUGUGAGAAAGGAGGAGCAGUCCCAUUGGGAGUCAAAUAGCUUUUUUAAAAAACAACAACAUCAGAGGGAUGAAUGUAUGAGGGAGCAGGGCUGGUCCAAGACAUUUUGGCGCCUGAGGCAAACCACAAAAUGGCUCCCCUUUCUCUUCUGAGUGAAGAUCUCCAUCAGGAACAAGGGGGGAAUGAAGAUCUACAUCAGGAUCUGUGGCCCUGUGGAUCCUGCCGCCUGAGGCAGUUUCCUUACCUUGCCUCAUGGUUGGGCUGGCCCCGGAAGGGAGGAUUCUGCUCCCUUCUCCUACCUGCCCAGUCUGUGCUUUAAUUCACCCACUCCACCACUGAGAUACGGUGCGACCUCAUCGUCACAUGGACAAAUAAUAUGUACGGUGAAUUGGGAGCACAGUGCAGCCAGAAUGUUCCGUGUUUUAAGAUUGCUUAAUGUCCUUCAGUGUACCCGAAGGAGCGUCUCCACCCCCAUCAUUCAGCCCAGACACUGAUAUCCAGCUCUGAGGGUCUUCUGGCGGUUCCCUAACUGCAAGAAGUGAAGCUACAGGGAACCAGGCAGAGGGCCUUCUCGGUAGUGGCGCCCGUCCUGUGGAAUGCCCUCCCAUCAGAUGUCAAGGUAAUAAACAACUACCUGACUUUUAGACGACAUCUGAAGGCAGCCCUGUUUAGGGAAGUUUUUAAUGUUUGGUGUUUUAUCAUAUUUUUAAUAUUCUGUUGGGAGCAGCCCAGAGUGGCUGGGGAAACCCAGCCAGAUGGGCAGGGUAUAAAUUAUUAUUAUUAUUAUUAUUAUUAUUAUUAUUAUUAUUAUUAUUAACACUAGCACAGGGUUGCCAACCUUUGGGGGCUUGGGGGCACAUUUACCCACUUUAGUCAUGGGUAUAUCACACACACACACACACACACACACGACAACCCAUUCUUUGGGCUACAAUAGAUUGCUUCUUUCAAGCCUGAUUUAUUGGGGUGGGGGGAAUCUCUGAAGAUGCAAGGUAAGGCUUUCUGUGCAGCCAUGUGCGCCACAUUGGCAAUCUCUGCACUAGCAAAAUGUCUGCCGUUAUGGCCUCUCACUCGGGUUAUGCGUGACCUGUAUCCCUUUGACUGCAUGUGUUCUCAAAAGUUACAAGGCUGGAAUGGAAACAGUGGAGCGAGAAGAGCCAAAUGUAGACAGCUGGCCUUUCAGCAGAGAUAUUGAGCGGCCUUGCUUUCCAUCUCUCAGCUGCAGCCUGAUGGAAUGGCUGUUGCCAGGUGACUGUGAAGAAAGGAUGGGCCUGAUGAAUCGGGUCUCUUGGAAGAACCCAUUGGAGUGAUUCUCUCCUUCCUUCUCUCCCUCUCUCUAAUGAAGCCUGAUGGAAUUGAGAGAGUAGAGAAUUACACCCUCAGUCACAACUGCAAUGGAAGAUUAAGGUGGAAUCUAGACACAUACAAAAAACCUUGUGAAAAUGUGUGUGUUGUUAGUGUUUUGAAAAAAUAUAUCGAAUUUGCCACAAGCUUCCCAUUGCCAUUUAGUGUCACAUUUAUAUAAUGCACUUAAAACACACUUUAAACGUUAUAUUUGCAGCUGUAUAGCUGAGUCCCGAAUCUAUUCUCCAAGUCUGCCGACUCCAGCCAUUGAGAAUAAAGCCGGCAGUUCUCUUCACAAAGCCACAUCUUGGCUUCUGCCUCUUGGUGACACUGAUGUGACAGAACUUGACUGCUAUGUAGAUGCUACAUCGGUCACCUUAACAACGAACAUGCUGACAUAGAAAACCAAACCUCAGGCAUUAAAGUAUAGCGGACACAGGCAGCUAUACUGCUUCAGUAUUAUCCAGGAAUGUAUUGAUGGAUUUUGGAAAACUGUUGAUUUGUUGUGGCAUUCCACUUGGGAAAAAACAUAAUAAAAUCAAUACAGGGUUGGAUACAGACUAAGUUAGAUAUACAGUGGUACCUCGGUUUUCGAAUGUAAUCUGUUCUGGAAGACUGUUCGAGUUCUGAAACUUCUGAAAACCAAAAACUCAAUAGCCAACAGCUAGGCCUCAGGUUCUUACACUCAGCGGAAGCCGCGUGGCAUGUUCGACUUCCAAGGCUUGUUCGAAAACUGAAGCAUUUACUUCUGGGUUUAUGGCGUUCAAAAACCAAAAUGUUCAUUAACGAAGAUGUUCGAAAACCGAGGUACUACUGUACUUAAUUCCUGUUGAAAUCAAUGGGAUGUGUCCUGAGCAUACCUGAAGGAGCAUCUCCACUCCCAUUGUGCCCAUCCGCUGAGGGUCUUCUGCUGGUUCCCUCACUGCGAGAAGCGAAGUUAUAGGGAACCAGGUAGAGGGCCUUCUCAGUAGUGGCGCCCUCCUUGUGGAACUCUCUCCCUUCAGCUGUCAAGUAGAUAAAAAAACUACACAACUUUUAGAAGACAUCUGAAAGCAACAUCUGUAUCAGGAAGUUUUUUGUAUUUGUUGUUUUAUUAUGCUUUUAUAUGUGCUGUAAGCCACCCAGAGUGGCUGGGGAAACCCAGCCAGAUGGGCAGGGUAUAAAUAAUAAAGCGUGUUCUCCCUCAUGGAGAGCAUGUGUUGCGGUGGGGGCUGACGAGACACCUCAUUGUUGCUAGGCAAAAGGUUUGGCAUUUCUUUUAAGCAGGGGCGGGUUGUUACUGGGGAAAUUUAUAUGUUGCCAUUUAUUGACUGACAGCCCUAUUUGCUAAAUACAUUGCAAGCAGCGACGAACUUCUUCUCUUCACUGCGUGCUUCGGAUCACCCGCCCCCCCCCCAAGGUUAGGCUGUUUGCUUGACCUUGCUAUGCCUGUCAUGGGGUCGCCUGCCUUGGGGGCAGGGGCCCGGUAGGAAUUUUGUCCAUUUGGCUGAUUGGCUGGUGCCAUUUGGUUUUUGCCUACUGCGUAGUAAAUCGUCACAACUUGUAAGGUUGCGGUUAGGCAUUGGUUUGGGAAUUGGUUGGUGGAGGGGUAUGGAUUUGGCUGUCCCUACCCCUCCAAAAUGCUGCUGCUGCUGCAAGGGUUUUCCGUUAAAGGAACCCAGGGGCUCCCCAUGCUUUUGUCCGAACCCCCUGGCAAGGGGCUAGGGCCACGCAAGAGCCUCUGGGAGCAUUCUGGGGAGAGGUGAGGCAUGGCUCCCAGCCCCAUCUCUCUCCCCAGGUGACUUACCCUUUCUGACUUCGCGGGGGGUGUGAAUGUCAGAGCUGUCCCCGUGCGGGGUCAGUUAGUGCUACCAGUGCCUAAGCAACCACUCACAUUGCUGUUAAUUUAAUAAAGUUGUGGCCAAAAUUAUGCCAAAACCCUUAAACAAAAAUUAAGUGUCAUUGUGUUUUUAUUUGGGGUGUCUUGGGGACCUCAACGCGCAAAAGCAGCAGCAGCAGCAUACUGAUUUCAGUGGGGCCUACAUGCAUCUAACACAUUUCCAAUUCAACCCAUAAAACUCACGGGCCCAUGCAGGGCUUCAAACGAAUGUCAGUUCUUCUUAUCCAAGAUGGUCGUCUGAUCUUGGAGUCUUUGGUUAUUCACCUCCUUCUGUUCUGUCCUCACUUUCAGUUCCUCUUUUGCCCUCCAUCUCCAGCUCCUUGUUUCCAAGGCUCUCAUUUCUCCUGCUACUUCAAUGACUACUGCUGAAGUUUCCCUCUAAUUAUCCGCUGCCCCCCCCAAAAAAAACCUGAUUUGCUUUCUAGACUAAUUUGGCACUCAAAUCCUGCCACUCCUAAACAGCCAUGCUGGUUUCAAGCACCGCAUAACAUAGACCAGUGCCCCCAAUACAGCCUUGUGGAUCAAGGUCAGAAUGACAUCAUCUGUCAUCGGUGUUGGAGAAACAGCAUGCGGACAAUGGAAGACGUCUGAGUUAUAUCACAAUACUGGGAUCAAAAGGAACAUAUUACAAAUAUUAUAAUAAGACCAGUGAUUUCUUUUGAAAGGGAAUGAUCUGAAGUCACAAACAUCUGCUUGAGAGUGCAAGGAGAUUUAAAAAAGCCCAGUUAUAAAAACAUUCCAAUUAAAGACUUGGAAUGCUUGGAAUACUUUUCUAGCUAUGUAAGUUGGUGCAACUGAUAACGUAGCUUGACAUGUUUUACAUUAUUUCAACUCCUUUUAUUUGCAUAAGGAACAGAUAAACAGAAAGCACCUUUUAGAUUUUCCAACUAUUAACGUUAUUGGUUAAUAGUUAAAUGAUUGGUUAGCGUACAGUUCAUCUGGUUUGAUUAGCAGACUUUCUAAAAAAAACAACAGUUUUUAGUAACUUUUACCAACUGAAUUGCAGGAAGAAAUGUUAUCAUUAUUUAACACACAAUCCUUGAUCAAUAACCAAUAUCAGUGUAGAACUGGGGGCGGGGGGCGGGCGGGGAGAGAGAGAGACUUGUUCCUUCAUAAACCUUUUUAAAUAAAUAUAUCUAUACCAGUCAUUUACAAUGAAACCAAUAGUUUCAUGGAAUUAUGGCUAUUAUCAACUCAUUCAAAUAGACAUAUUUAAGCAUUCUAUGCAUAUUUACAUGGGAGUUAGGAGUCUUACUCCAACUGAGCUCAAUUGUGAUUUGCUUUUUGCAUAGACAUGCAUAGGAUCACACCACAUAGCAGUUAAUAUAUCCAUCUUCUUUGUUGCUGUGCCACUAAUAGUGUUUCCUUAGCCAACCACUCUGAAACUGAUAUGAAUGUUGGCAGCUUCCAGUGUUUUGCAAAUGCAAUAUUGGUAGCCACUAAAAGUUUCUCAGUAGACCUCAUUAAAUCUUUCAAAACCUUUAUAAACCUUGGCCAUGAUCCAGCUAUAUCCAAAUGCUACUUUUUAUGAUAUGUAAUGUCCAGACUAUAUUCAAAAUAAAACUUUACUUUCAUAAAUGUAUAACUGAGAAAAACAUAUCUACGAUUUCAUGCUUAUUCACUUUGUUUAUUAUAGAGAGCACAGGUUUCUCCCUAUUAACAUUUAGGGAUCUUCCUCUGUCUGCUUCACCCCAUACAGACCACACUGGCACACACCGUCCUCAGCAGCAGCCAGCGAAACUUCUCAGCAGCAAUUCUCUUUCACAAACAGAGAGAGAGAAGAACAGAAAACAGUUAAAAAUGACAGUUACUUGAAUAACAGUCACAACAGAAGGGAAUGCCUCGCUCAUGUGACUCACAGUCAGCCAAUCAGACGAGAGAGCUACUGCCAAAGGAAAAACCCGAUGCUAAAAAUACACAGCAAUUCAACAUAAGCAAAGAUUCCCAUUUCAGGAAGUUGAACACUUAUUCUUAACAUACAUGGGAAUGAUCAGGGAUGCAGGAGAGGAUAUAUUGUUUGAUUAUAGCCUUUCCAACUUGUGUAAACAAGUUAACAAUUUAGCAGAGUAACAUUCCCCAUUUUAAACUUGCAGCGGAUGCAUUUGCUCAGGCUCGCUAAAGCCUCUAUAAUAACUGUUCUGGUAUUUUCCCCUUAUUCCCUCAUAAAAGAUAAGACACGACACAGUCUUCUAUAAAAGUAUAAAAAGAAUUUACUCACAUUCUGUUCACAAUUGGAUCCCAGAAAGCACACUUAGUUUAGAAAAGUAACAUACACCUGGAAACUAUCCCAUAAAGAGACAGUCCUUUUGUCCUCUCUUGGCUGGAAGCCAAGAGAGCAUCUUUGGCUAAGCAGAUGUUGCUUCUUCGAUGCACGUAGUCAAAAAGAGAGAGAUGGCUGCCCUGCCCUGUGCUUUUGUCAUUACCUGCACAGGUGAGGCCACGCCCACCGCUAGUCACAUGCAGAGGAAGUCUGUCCCAGCCUAGAAGGAAACAGGAAGUUUACCUGCUGGCUGCACAAACAUUCCUCCCCAUGCGUAAACAUGUUCACUCUAGGAACGUUGUACUUGACUGCUCUUGUGUUUCACAUCCCACAACAUACUAGUCACAAAUAACACAACUUGUGGCACCAGAUGAUGCUGUGCAUUGCCAUCCAUAUUGAAAGAUGACAGUUUAAGCAAUUAAAGAACAAUUACAGCAUAUCCACUCCCCAUCUCAAAGUAGCUGCUUUCUGCAAACUACGGGAUUUAACAGGGUAAGCAAAGAUGUCUUUGGGACUACAGCACGGCUUUCCACUUGAGAAUCUAAUGACCCUCCUUGCCUCCAUCGCCCCAUAAGUCUUAUUCCAACCCACCACUUGGUUACUAUUGUUUUUAUAUAAAGCAGCAUGCUGUGCACUCAUUAUAUUAAUACUGCAUGCAAUCAUAUAAUGAGUUUUAGUAGCAGAAAUGGAAAGGGAAUAGCAUCACAUGUCUUCCAUUAGAGGCCCUAUGUUUUUGAACUAGGAAGGCAUCCAGAUAUUGCUGUCAAUAGAGCAACCCAAAGAGGACAACAGCAGAGAACCAAAGUUAAGUGCCAAGCCUAUCUGAACAAGCAUAUUUUUAUCUACACCUUAAGAGCCAUUGUGCAAAGGAGAUAUUAUCUCUGCUUUUUUAAAGAGGCUAAUGAAAAACAUAAGAAACACUUGUGGUCCUUCAGAUGUUCUUCCAGAUCCAUUGAGCUCCCUCCACCAUGGUUGGUGGUCAGGGAUGAUGGGAGUUGGGGGUCUAGCGACAUUCAGAGGGCCACAGAGUCCCCAUCUUUCGCAUAAAGACAUAAAAAACACAUUCUUCUCACAGCAAGUAUGCUAUUGUGAACUUGGUAAAGGUAAAGGGACCCCUGACCAUUAGAUCCAGUCUUGGCCCACUCUGGGGUUGCGGCGCUCAUCUCGCUUUAUUGGCCGAGGGAGCUGGCGUACAGCUUCCGGGUCAUGUGGCCAGCAUGACGAAGCUGCUUCUGGUGAACUAGAGCAGCGCAAGGAAAUGCUGUUUACCUUCCCACUGGAGCGGUACCUAUUUAUCUACUUGCACUUUGACAUGCUUUCGAACUGCUAGGUUGGCAGGAGCAGGGACCGAGCAAUGGGAGCUCACCCCGUCGCGGGGAUUCAAACUGCCGACCUUCUGAUCGGCAAGUCCUAGGCUCUGUGGUUUAACCCACAGUGUCACCCGCGUCCCUGUUGAGGGACUGGAGAUGACCAUAAACAUGCAAGGGCAUCUUUGCCUUUGAGGUAUGGGCAAAAAAGGUAAGGUAAAGGACCCCUGGAUGGUUAAGUCCAGUCAAAGGCAACUAUGGGGUGCAGCACUCAUCUCGCUUUCAGGCCGAGGGAACUGAAGUUUGUCCACAGACAGCUUUCUGGGUCAUGAGGCCAGCAGGACUAAAUUGCUUCUGGCACAAUGGGACACUGUGCCAGAAACCAGAGCACACGGAAACGCUGUUUACCUUCCUACCUAUUUAUCUACUUGCACUGGUGUGCUUUCGAACUACUAGGUUGGCAGGAGCUGGGACAGAGCAACGGGAGCUCACCCCGUCGCGGGGAUUUGAACCGCUGACCUUCUGAUCGCAAGGGACUGAACUACAAGGGACCUUCUUUGUACAGUGGUCUAGGAGUAGGUUAGCAGAGAUUGCCACGUCUACCCUUAUUCCAGAGGUAUAUUCUACUUCUUACACUAAAAUUCAAAUCUCUGCUAGUUAAACACCUAUAAGAGUUUGGAAACUCAUGUGUAUAUAUUACUAAGAAUUACUACUGUUUAUAAUUCACAGUAUCCUGUGAGCAAUUUGGAUCCAGAGUAUAAGCCUGGUCUUCUACCCUAAUUGGAGCACAAAUGAAACACCUUAUAAUAGGUGAGCUUAGAAGAACCUACAAGUAAUAUGUUAUAAUUUAUCAGGCACUGAAAUAAUACAUUAAAAGUUCAUUUUAUUAAAAUUGGAUGGCAAUAUCUCUGCGUCCCGUUCUGUUUGAAGAGGAAAGUUUAAAUAUAUUGCAGGGAGGAAAAGUGUAGACAAUGUUUAGAAAUCAAAGCAAGCUGAUUGGCGGCCCAAAGCAAAUCACUUAAUAAUAGAUCAAAAUAUCACAUGCCAAACAGCUGUAGAGGCUAAUUCCUGUUUCCUUAGAAGAUAGGGGGAACGUUUGAAGACAAAAUCUGUGCCAAAAUCACUGCAAAGUACGGGGAGACAUUUUGCCCCAUAUUAAUCACUGUCAUAUUGGAUAAACUUGUAGACCAACAUUUUGACAUGAAGGAAUGCAAUGAAGAUCACUGGAUACUAAACAGCAACAGAAGACUGUGAUGAAUACAAGCAUAGAGGAAGAAGGUGCCUAUGGAAUAGUAUCAGACACAUUAUCUGAGGCAGGCUAGGCUUGGUUUGUCCUAUAUAAUACCUACAACGUGUAUGUGAAAGUCUAAGGAAGGAUAAUUUGGAAAAUCCACAUGACGUCUGAAUAAAAUAUUCAAACGAUAUCUUGGGCCUGAAAUACCUCUUCUAGCACUUACAUUUUACAGGGCAGGUGUUAAAACUGUGACGUAUAUAUUUAAAUCGUACGGAAAGUUUGCGUUCUUAAUAUGAAAUAAUUUGCUUGCUUUCUCAGUUUUUCCAAAUCCCACGAAUCCAGUCAAAGCGAAGCAAUUUGAAGUCCCAUUAAUUUCAAGUCCCCUUUUAAGCACCUGCUCAACUAUUCUCAUUGGAAUCACUGGGAUUUGGGGUAGAUUGUACUCAUAAAGCUGUACUCGCAAAAUUGGUGAGGAACCCAACAGGAGUGAGUGGGGAAACCAGGGCACUUUUCCCCCCCAGCUGAAACUCACUGGAACUCAGUUCUGGCACUCCUUAGGCGAGUGCCAUUGCCAUCAUAAGGGAACAAGGGAGGUGUUCAUGGUGAGCUCUGGCACCUCUUUUCCUAGAAAAAUAGCAAUGGGGGUGGGAUUAAACAGGUGCUUUGUAAGCACAGUGCUCAGCCCAGGGCUUUCCAUUGCUAUACUUCCAUGUUGUUAAUCUUCCUUCCAAAACAAACAGCAGCAGCAGCAGAUGAGCAAAGAAGGCUCAGGUCUAUAGACGAGCUGCAAUCUUGGCUUUUCAUAGGCCAAGAGACAUCCCCAUUGCACCUACUGUCACCGUCCCAACAAUAAAGGUCACAUAGUGAUAUUGCUGUUGGUCUCUAUUUGGUCCCUCAUUCCACCCAUACCCCCUCCUUAAAACCACCACUUUAUAAGAACACAAGAAGAGGAUCAAACCAUCAGUCCAUGUAGGUCAGCAUCCUACUUUGCACUAUGGCGAAUUUGAUGCCUCCUGGAAGCCCACCGGCUUGAAAAUGAACCGCUCCGUCUCACUAAUGCUCACCUGCAAUUGGUACAGUGCCUCUAAACCUGGUGAAUCUAUUUAGCUAUGAGUGCCAACAGCCACUGAAAGAUCUCUCUUCCUCUAUGAAUACGACCGAUCCUCUUUUAAAACCAUCAGAGUUAUGUAGCUAUCUUGUGGUGGCUGCAAAUUACAUAAAUUAACUAUUCAUUAUGGGAAGAAGUCCAGUGAAUAUCAGUGGUGACCCUGAGUUCUGGAAUGAAAGAGCUGUGCGGGGUUUUGUUUUUGUUUUUUUAAUCCUCUGUAACUCCUUCCUUCCCACUGUCCAUAAAUUUACAUGCUUUGUUUUCCUGUCUCUAAACAAAUAAAAUGCAAUUCUUUAUUUUAUUUAUAAUAUUUCUCAUCCUUCCUCCUGGGAAAGAUUGGGAGGGUGCACAGUAUAAUGUAAUUUUCAAAAAAUCUAUUAUUAUUAUUAUUAUUAGCUUCUAGCAAAAUAUAAAAAAAUAAUAAAAUGUCAGACAGAUGUUACCUUCAGAUGUUUUCUAAAAGUUGUGCAGUUUUUUAUCUUCUUGACAUCCGAAGGGAGGGCAUUCCACUGCUGAGAAAGCCCUCUUCCUGGUUCCGUGUAACUUCACUUCCCGCAGUGAGGGAACUGCUAGAAGGCCCUCGGUGCUGGACCUCAGUGUCCAGGCAGAAUGAUGGAGGUGGAGACGCUCCUUCAGGUAUACUGGGCCGAGGCCAUUUAGGGCUUUAAAGGUCAGCACCAACACUUUGAAUACUGCUUGGAAACGUACCGGGAGCCAAUGUAGGUCUUUCAGGACCGGUGUUAUAUGGUCUCGGCAGCCGCUCCCAGUCACCAGUCUAGCUGCCGCAUUCUGGAUUAAUUGCAGUUUCUGGGUCACCUUCAAAGGUAGCCCCACGUAGAGCGCAUUGCAGUAGUCCAAGUGGGAGAUAACUAGAGCAUGCACCACUCUGGCAAGACAGUCCGCAGGCAGGUAGGGUCUCAGCCUGCAUGCCAGAUGGAGCUGGUAGACAGCUGCCCUGGGCACAGAAUUGACCUGCGCCUCCAUGGACAGCAGUGAGGCACACCUGGCCCUUCAGGGGCACAGUUACCGUAUUCAGGACCAGGGAGUCGCCCACAUAUAGAUGCCUGUAGUCAUUUGUCCUAAGAAAGAUGCUACAGCCCCUUAUCACCCCAACUGCCAUUAUCUGUACCUGUCCAGCAGUACAUUAUUAUUUUUGAGAAGGCACAAUCAGAUUUCCUAGGCACAAUCAUUUUCCUAGUUAAUCGCCACCAGUCAAACCUCAUCACUUAUAUGCAAAGGGAGGGUUCCCCCACACACAACUGUACAUCACUUUAUACUUCAUUAGCACUGAAAGACAUUUGCCAUUUUUUCGACCAUUCCCCCAGUUUGGUGGUACCUUUUGGAGCUCUUAGUGAUCCAUUUGGGCUUUCACCAUCCUGAAUAAAUUGAUGCCCUUUCCCAACUUGUCCAGUUCAUGUCCACUUUUGUUCAUUCACCUAAUGGCUAAUUAGAUUUCCCGCUUCAGAUGCUAAAAUAGCUUGGGCUGGGCUUAGUUAUAAUAAUAAUAAUAAUAAAUUUUUAUUUAUCUCCCGCCCUCCCCAGCCGAAGCUGGGCUCAGGGCGGCUAACAACAAUAAAAUAAUACAACAUUCUAAAAUCAUUUCAUUAUAAAAUUAAUUCAAAUCAAAUUGAUGGCAACUAUUGGGCUAGAGUUCUGUGAAGAUUGCCAAAGGAGGGAGUCAGGCUGUGCCCUGGCCAAAGGCCUGGUGGAACAGCUCUGUCUUGCAGGCCCUGCGGAAAGAUGUCAAGUCCCGCAGGGUCCUAGUCUCUUGUGGCAGAGCGUUGCACCAGAUCGGAGCCACAGCUGAAAAAGCCCUGGCUCUAGUUGAGGCCAGCCUAACCUCUCUGUGGCCUGGGACCUCCAAGAUGUUUUUGUUUGAAGAUUGUAAGUUCCUCCGUGGGACAUACCAGGAGAGGCGGUCCCGUGGGUACGAGGGUCCUAGGCCGUAUAGGGCUUUGAAGGUUAAAACCAGCACCUUAAACCUGAUCCUGUACUCCACCGGGAGCCAGUGCAGCUGGUAGAGCACCGGGUGAAUGUGAUCUCGCAGCGAGGACCCCGUAAGGAGGUCACUAACAUUUCUAUUCCUAAAUGCUACUGAUGUUCCUGCCGCUACAGCUCCAAAACAGAGGUGAGAAGCCCUCUGCUAUCUGACAUCCUAGGAUGUGAGAACAACCUUUAUUCCCCCAUUAACUUCUCGGAGUUUGGCAUCAAAACAACUUUUUCUCCCGUCUCUUGCUGUUGUUUAUUGACCACGCUCCCACGAUCUUCGCCUUCUAAUCAAGCGAAGCACACGAAAGAACAACGGGCAAGGAUUUCGGAGAGUGCUCAGAAAACGAUGGCAGAUAAAGCACUGAAGCUUUAGCAAAUUCCAUUUUCUAAUCCGGACUAAAUUCUCUUGGAAGCCAGCCCUCCUGGGUGAGUUUGAUUUCGGAGAUAAUAGAGCCUUUUGGAGUUGCUCAUAACUUUUAAAAUGAUUAUAAACAUGUGUCCUGGGAACAUAGGAAAGCUGAAGAUCUUGGACUGCAAGAAGAUCAAACCUAUCCAUUCUGAAGGAAAUCAGCCCUGAGUGCUCACUGGAAGGACAGAUCGUGAAGCUGAGGCUCCAAUACUUUGGCCACCUCAUGAGAAGAGAAGACUCCCUAGAAAAGACCCCGAAGUUGGGAAAGAUGGAGGGCACAAGGAGAAGGGACAACAGAGGACGAGGUGGUUGGACAGUGUUCUCAAAGCUACCAGCAUGAGUUUGACCAAACUGCGGGAGGCAGUGGAAGACAGGAGUGCCUGGCGUGCUCUGGUCCAUGGGGUCACGAAGAGUCGGACACGACUAAACGACUAAACAACAAAAGCAGUUCAUAUGCUUUUUUUGAGCAGAGAACUGUGUUGCAAAAUUCAGGGAAGUGUAAAAACGGAACGAUAAUUGUGUUCCGAUCUAUUUGCAAGUCCAGGAAGCGUGACUCAGGCUGGCUGGCUUAAAAAUGUGGGCCAGACAAAAUCACUGAGCAUCCCUACUGGUGAUAUAUAUGUACAGUUAUAGCUGUUUGUUGGGUUUGUGUUUUGCAGCUGCAGCAAUGGGCUGCUGCACCUGCGUUGCAUCAGGGCCAAUGAAUUUAAAGGAUUAUUAGUGUUCCUGGGCCUCUUUACAAUGUGUGAUGACAUGUUUAGUUGUAGUGGUGGUCAGCUCAGGUUCAAUGCAGUAAUGAUGAAGCGAUCAUCUCAGCAUAUACUUUUUCUCAAGUGUUUACAUGCUAUGGGCUGCGGCCGGUGGAUGGCUCAAUAAGUCCCUUUACCACCUUAGAUUCUUGUCUUGCAAAAGUCAGCCUUGUCAGUGCGAAGUGAAAAGACUUUAAAAACCAAAAAACCAAAAACCAUCAUUUAAUUAAUCUAGAUUUCCAAGGUAGCCUACAAAAGAGAACCACAAAGCAAAUCUAAAAGAGAUCAAAAACAUCAGAAACAAAAGCAGUUAUCGUAGCAACACUAAAAAUGCAAAAAGCAGUCAAUAUAAAAUCAGCGCAAAGUCUAAGGACUGGCCGUUUAAAGAGCACGGACUAUGUUUUGCUCCCUUAAAGAAAUGCAGUGGUAUAUUCUAAGCUGCAGUCCCUUGAAAUCCUGUAAAGACCCAUGCAGCCUGCUCCUAUGUAAACUUAUCUGGAAGAAAAGCCCACUCUGUUGGCUGGGGUUUGCUUCAAAUUAGGUGUGCAUGGGCAACCCUCCCAGUGGCACACCAAUAAAACCGCCAGCACAUUUGCAAAAGCUAAGCAGGGUCCGGUAUGGUUUCGAAUUGGAUGGGGUACCGUGUGUUGAGAUUUCUGCAUUGCAGGGUGUUAGACCUCGGGGUCCCUCCCAAUGCUAUGAUUCUAAAUGUAGCCUACAUUUGGUAAAAAUGUGAACGUAAGCAAGAAUUUGGGUUGUUUCUUCCUCCCCACUCCACCCAAAUCUUGUUUUCUACAAAGUGAUUCAGUCAGUGCAGUAUGGAAUGCUGUUGAACAAAGCAACACAUCUAUAAUAAAACACAAGACAUUAACUUAAGUAUAUAGGCUCGGGCGUGGGAACUUUUUCCAUUUAUAUUUUAUUUCUUUAACCUAGCCAGUACGCUGGUAGUUUGCAUGCUGCAUACGUUAUGGUGGCAUUCGACCUAAGAGAGCCCUGAGCAGUUUCCACUGACACAACCAUCUGGAAAAUAUAUACAUUUUGUGUAUAUAUAAACCCUCCCUCUCUAAGGCAUGCAGUACGUUGAAGAGUCAACUUCUGUGGGCUUUAGGUGCCCCCUGGUGGAAAAAACCUGCACCAUAGAUGCUAAGAACUGUGUCCAGAAUCAUCUCUGUCAAGAGAAAUUCCACAAUCUUCAAAACUCACAAUUGAGAAAGAACCUCUAUUAUAACCAACAAAAAUGUCACAUAAUAGCAAGUGAGCUUCUGGAGUUCUCCAGAACUUUCCGUCAGGCUGAAUGUAAAGUAAAACUGGGAGGAAACUGAGAUUGUAGUUUGCAUUUGAUCCCUGCCUUCAGAUGAGGCUGCUGAAUUUUAUGUUUUCAAAAAGGGAGAUCAGCCAUUGUGUGCUUCUUUGCCUUGGCAGACCUGGGUGCAAUCUAAAAACUUUAUAGGAUCUAGUUCAGCUUAAUCCAAUUAAAUCUCCUCCAAUCGACUGCAAUGCAAGGCAAAAGAGAUGCAACCUCAUUGUCCUCUGCCCUCCCAGGCUUAAACAAGCAGUGCAGAAUUGAGGGGAAAAUAAUGUCCUGCAUCCCUCCAUCCGUUUCUUGGUUCUGGAGAGUAUAUACAGUCGUACCUCAGAAGUUGAACACCUUGAGAGUCGAAUGUUUUGGCUCCCGAAUGACACAAACCCAGGAGUGUUCUAGUUUGCAAACGUUCUUUGGAACUCAAACGUCCGAUGUGGAUUCCACAGUUUUUGAUUGGCUGUCUGUACCAUCUGUACCAUCCUUCAAGAAACCCAGUCUCCAUGCCAAGGGCAACACAAGCAACAUAGGAAGCUGCCAUAUACCAAGUCAAAACCAUUUGUCCAUCUAGCUCAGUAUUGUUUACAAUGACUGACUGACUGACUGACCAACCGACCGACCGACCGAUUGACCGACCAACCAACCAACCGACUGACUGACCGACCAACUGACUGACCAACCGACCAACCGACCGACCGAGCGACCAACCAAGCAACCAAGCAACUGACCAACCAACCUACCAAUCGAACAACCAACCAACCAACUGAAUGACCAACCAACUGACUGACCGGCCGAUCAACAAACCGACCAACCGGCCGACCGACCGAUCGACCCACCAACCGACCAACCAAGCAACCAACCGACCAACCGACCAACCGACCAACCAAUCAACCAACCAACCAACCAACUGAAUGACCAACCAACUGACUGACCGGCCGAUCGACAAACCGACCAACCGAUCGACCGAACAACCGACCGACUGACUGGCCGAUCGACCAACCAACCAACCGAUCAACUAACCGACCAACCAACCAACCAACCAACCAACCUACCAACUGACUGACCGACCGACCGACCAACCAACCGACUAACCGACCAACCGACCAACCGAUCGACCGAACAAUCAACCAACCAACCAACCAACCAACCUACCACCUGACCGACUGAUUGAUCGACCAACCAACCAACUGACCGACCGAACAACCGAUCAACCGACCAGCCAACCAAGCAAGCAAUCAACCGACCAAGCAACCAAGCAACCAACCUUUGAUGGCCUGGGAAUCUGAUUCAGAGGCUGAACCGAAGGAAUCCCAGCCUGCACAGGAGUCCGCGCCUCCAGGGCCGGCUCAGCCGGGUCAGGGCCUUGAAUCUGAAGGGCCUGCACCUGUGCCGGACCCUCAGGAGCAGACACCAGAUGAAUCCACUCUGGCUCCCGAGGUGAUUGAGGACCCACUGCCUGCAGGUGCUCCUCUCCCAGCUCUGUCAGGAGAAGGCAAGGCUGCCUCUGGGUCCAAUAACCCUCCAGCCUCUCCUGAGCUGCAGAGGCUCAGGGCAGAGAGGCGGAGGGAACUAGGUUCUCUCAGGAAGAGUGCUCGCCUUAAGGCCAGGAGAGGCGAGUCACCUGUGGGCCGGGACCGCCCUAGGCCCCAGAGGAGAUAAAGGCCAGUCAGCCCAGUCCCAGGUUGCAGGAGCAACGACGUUGGAAACCUGUUUCUGCCAACACCCAGACCUGUUUUUCCGGAAUUCCCGACCACGCCCGGCUUCUUGCUUUGGACCCCGCUCUGCCCUUGGUGGACUGUCUCCAGACCCUCGGCCCGGGACCGGACUCUGACCACGCCUCAUGGUAACUCCCCCCAGGACCAGCACACAACCAAGCAACCAACCAACCAACAAACCAACCAACCAACCAACCAACCAACCGACUAACUGACCAACCGACCAACUAACCAACCGCCCAACCAAUCAACCAACUAACCGACCGAACAACCGAUCAACCGACCGAACAACCUACCAACUGACCGGCCGGCCGACUGACUGACCGACCAACCAACCACCCAACCAACCAACUGACGAAUCGACCAAUCAACCGACUGACCAACCGACCAACCGAUCAACCAACCAACUGACCGACCGACCGACCAAUCGACCAAACAACCGACCGACCGACUAAUCAACCGAUCAACUGACCGACCAACCGACCAACCCACCAACCAAUCGACCGAUUGACCGACCAACCAACCAACCAACCAACCCAACAACCGAUCGAUCGACCGACCAACCGACUAAUCGACCAAUCAAACCGACCAACCGACUAAUCGACCGAUCAACCGACCGACCAACCGAUCAACCAACCAACCGAUUGACUGACCGAUCGACUAAUCGACUGACCAACCUACCAACCGACCGACUGACCAACCGACUGACCAACAAUCGACUGACCGACUAAUCAACCGAUCAACCGACCAACCGACUAAUCGACCGACCGACCAUUCGACCGAUUGACCGACCGACCAACUGACCGACCGACUGAUAAACUAACUGACUGACCAACCGACCAACCAACCAACUGACUGACCGACCAACCAACCAACCAACUGACUGACCGUCCGACCGAUCGACUGACUGACCAGCCAACCAACCGACCAACCGAACAACUGAUCGACCAACCAACCGACUAAUUGACCGAUCAACCAACCGACCGACCAACCAACUAACCGAUCGAGCGAACAACCGAUCAACCGACCAACAAACCAACCAAGCAACCGACGAACCGACCAAUCGACCAACCAAGCAACCGACCAACGGACCAACAAACCUACCAACCAACCAACCGACCGACCAACCAACUGAAUGAACAACCGAUCAACCGACCGACAAACCGAUCAACCGAUCGACUAAUCGACUGACUAACCAACCGAUCGACCAGCUGACUGACGGAUUGACUGACCAGCCAACCAACUGAAUGACCAACCGACCGACUGACCAACUGAUCGGCCGACAGACUAAUCGACCAACUGACCAUCCAACCUACCAAUCGACUGAACAAUCGAUCGACCAACCAACUGAUCGACCGAUCAACCAACCGACCGAUCGACCAACUAAUUGACCGACCAAGCAACCGAACAACCGACCGACCAACUGAAUGACCAACCUACCGACCGAACAACCGAUUGACCCACUGACCGACUAAUCAACUGAUCGAUCGACCGACCAACCAACCGAUCGACCGACCGACCGACUAAUUGACCAGCCAACCAACCAACCGACUAAUCGACCGACUAAUUGACUGAUCAACCAACCAACCAACUGAUUGACUGACCGACUAAUUGACCGACCAACCGAUCGACCGACUGACUAAUCGACUGACUGACCGACCGACCUAUCGACUAACCAACCAACCAACCAACUGAAUGACCAACCAACCGACUGACUGACCGACCGACUGACCAACCGACUGACCGACCGACCAACCAACCGAUCGCCCGAUCAAUCGACCAACCGACCGACCAACCUACCGACCGGCUAAUUGACCGACCAACCAACCUACCAACCGAUCGACCGACCAACCUACCGACCGGCUAAUUGACCGACCAACCAACCAACCAACCAACCUACAAACCAACUGAAUGACCAACCGAUCGACCAACCGACCAACCAACCGACUAAUCGACCGAUCAACCGACCGUUCAACCGACCGACUGACUGGCCGAUUGACCAACAGACGAACCAAACAACCGAUCAACUGACCGACCGAACAACCAACCAACCGACCUAACAACCGACUGACCGACCAACCAAACAACUGAACAACCGAUCAACCAACCGACAAACCAAUCGACUAAUCGACUGAUCGACUGACCGACCGACUAAUCAACCAACCGACCAACCAACCGACUAACUGACUGACCAACCAACCGACUGACCGACCGACUGACCGACCAACCAACCGACAGACCGACCGACCAACCAACCAAUCGACUGAUCAACCGACCGACCAACCGACCAACCGAACAACCAAUCGGCCGACCGAACAACCGACUAAUCAACCGAUCGACCAACCAACCAACCGACUGACCAACUAAUCGACCAACUAAUUGACCGAUCAAACGACCGACCAAGCGAUUGACCGACCGACUAAUCGACCGACCAAGCGAUCGACCAACCAACUAAUCGACCGACUAAUCAACCGAUCGACCGACCAAUCUACCGACCGACUGACUGACCGACCGACCAACCAACCAACCUACCAACCAACUGAAUGACCAACCAACCGACCGACCGACCGACUGACCGACCAACCGACUGACCGACCAACCGACUGACCAACCGAUUGACUGAUCGACUGAUCGACCGAUCGACCGACCGAUCGACCGAUCAACCAACCAACCAACCGACCAACCAACCGACCAACCUACCAACCGACUGACCAACCAACCGACCAACCGACUAACCAACUGACCGACCGACCAACCGACCAACCUACUGACCGGCUGAUUGACCGACCAACCAACCAACCAAUCAACCUACCAACCAACUGAAUGACCAACCGAUCGACCGAUCGACCGACCGACCGACCGACCGACUGAUCGACCAACCGACUAAUCGACCGAUCAACCGACCGUUCAACCGACCGACUGACUGGCCGAUUGACCAACCAAACAACCAAUCAACCGACCGACCGACCAACCGACCAACCAACUGACCAACCAACCAACCAACCAACCAACUGAACAACCGAUGAACCAACUGACAAACCGAUCGACUAAUCGACUGAUCGACUGACCGACUGACUGACUAAUCAACCAAUCAAACGACCAAGUGACCAACCGACCAACUGACCAACCGACUAACCGACUGACCAACCAACCAACCGACUGAUCGACCGAUCAACCGACCGACUGAACAACCAAUCAGCCGACCGAACGACCGACUAAUCGACCGACUAAUCAACCGAUCGACCAACCAACCGACCAACCGACCGACUAAUCAACCAACUAAUUGACCGAUCAACCGACCGACUAAUCGACCGAUCGACCGACUGAUUGACUGACCAACCAACCAACCAACCUAUCAACCAACUGAAUGAUCCAACCAACCGACUGACCAACUGACCGACCGACUGACCGACCGACUGACCGACCAACCGACUGACCAAACGAUCGACUGAUCGACCGAUAGACCGACCGACAGACCAACCGACCGACUGAUCAACCAAACAACCGAUCGACCAACGACUAAUCGACCGAUCAACUGACCGUUCAACCGACUGACUGACUGGCCGAUUGACCAACCAACCAACUAAACAACAUAUCUUUUUUUAUGAUAUUUAUUGAAAAAAGAAAUUUUAAAAAAAUUACAAAGAAAAAAGACAAAACAGAAAAAGAAAAAGAAAAAAGAAAACCAUCAUUUUCAAAUUCUCCACUUUCAUUACCUUCUUUCUAUGACCUCCUCCUCCUCCCUUUUCUUGUAUCUUGAUUAAUAGUUGUCACAGCAAAUCCUUUACAUAAUUCAUAGUAUUCUGUCAUUACAUUACCUUACUCUACUUUCAUCUUAUCUUAUAAAAAACCUUAAAGCUUAAGACUUAAAUCUUAUUUUUACCAACUUCUCAUAACCAUUACCUUUUUACCUAAUUCUUUAAACAUUUUUACAAGAGCCAAGUAAUUUCAUUUCAACAUUUUCCUAACAUUCAUCAAUUUUAUAAAACAUUCCUAAUGAUAGAAAAAAGAAAUAAGAACAAUCCAAUCUUCUUCCAGCGUCCCUUCCUCCUGGUCCCGGGUUUGUCAGUCCUUUUUAUCCCAUUAGACUGGCACAUUAACCUGGUGAUCUUAUAUCCAAGGCCUUCAAGUCUCUUCCAUGUCCCUUCCGCAGCUCGUCUUCAUAUUUUCCUUUCACUCGUGGGAACUCCAGCUUGGUAGUGUUUUUGACCCUUUUCAACAAAUCAACCCCUUUCCCAUAGUCCAGACUAGACUCCAUGUGGUAUUUUAAGACAUGUUUCAAAUUCCCUCCAAAAUUGGGAGCCCCCACAGCUCCAAACAUCUGAUGGCCCAUUGCCAGACUCAGAAAGUCCACAACGAAACAACAUAUCAACCGACCGACCAACUAACCAACCAAUCAACUGACCGACCAACCAACCAACUGACUAACCGACCAACCAACCAACCAACCAACCGAUCGACCGGCCAACCGACCAACCGACCGACCGACCGACUGAUUGACCAACCGACCAACUGACCAAACAACCGAUCAACCAACCAACCAACCAACUGACCGACCGACUGACCAACUGACUGACCGAUUGACCGAACAACCGAUCAACCGACCGACUGACUAAUCGACCAACCAACCAACCAACCGACCAACCAACCGACCGACUGACCGAACAACUGAUCAACCAACCGACCGACCAACUGAUCGACCAAUCGACUAAAUGACUGAUCAACCGACCAACCAACCGAUUGACCAACCGACUAAUUGACCAACCAACCUAUUGACCCACCGACUAAUCGACCGAUCAACCGACCGACCAACCGACUGACCGACCAACCGAUCUUUUGUGGCCUUUAAAAAAGAGUUUUCGUUUUGCUUUUAGUUCAAAGUAGCGAACCUUCAGGCUCAAAAUUUGAAGCCAUUUGCAAUAUUAUUAUUAUUAUUUAUUAAAUUUAUAUACCGCCCUAUACCUGGGGGGUUUCAGGGUAGUUCACAGAAUAAAAUCAAGAUAUAAAACCACAAAAUAUCUAAUAUAAAUAAAAACAACAACCCAACAGCCCUCCCAAAAAAACACAUUUUAAAGGGGCAUUAGAUGUAAAUCAGAUCAACCAAAGGUCUGGUUAAAAAGGAACAUUUUUGCCUGGCACCUAAAGGUGUAUAAUGAUGGUGCCAGGCAAACUUCCCUGGGAAGAGCAUUCCACAGAUAGGGAGCCACUGCAGAGAAGGCCUGUUCUCGUGCUGCCACCCUCCGGACCUCUCGAGGAGGAGGCACAUGAAGAAGGGCCUCAGAAUAUGAUCUCAGGUUCUAGGUAGGUUCAUGCAGAAAGAGACAGUCCUUGAGGUAUUGCAGUCCUUAGCUGUUUAACACUUUAUAGGUUAAAACCAGCACUUUGAAUUGGACCCGAAAACUAAUUACUAGCUAGUGCAGUCGGACCAGGACCGGUGUAAUAUGCUGGCCCCCAGUUCAUGGAUCUGUACCAAGUCCAAGUCACACCUUGGAUUCCAAAUAUUUUUGAAGUCGAAUGGACUUCCAGAAGGAUUUCAUUCAACAUUGCUCUGUCCCAGCUCCUGCCAACCUAGCAGUUUGAAAGCACGCCAAAAGUGCCAGUAGAUAAAUAGGUAGGGACCCCUGACUGUUAAGUCCAGUCACAGACGACUCUGGGGUGGUGACACUCAUCUCGCUUUAUUGGCUGAGGGAGCCGGCGUACAGCUUCCAGGUCAUGUGGCCAGCAUGACUAAGCUGCUUCUGGUGAACCAGAGCAGCACACGGAAACGCCAUUUACCUUCCCACCUAUUUAUCCACUUGCACUUUGAUGUGUUUUUGAACUGCUAGGUUGGCAGGAGCAGGGACCGAGCAAUGGGAGCUCACCCCAUCGCGGGGAUUUGAACCAACGACCUUCUGAUUGGGAAGCCCUAGGCUCUGUGUUUUAGACUACAGUAGCGCUCUGGCAGGAAGGUACACGGCGUUGCUGUGCGCUGCUCCGGUUUCGGUGUUCCAUUGCGCCAGAAGCGGCUUAGUCAUGCUGGCCACAUGACCUGGAAAAACUGUAUGUGGACAAACACCAGCUCCUUUGGCCUGUAAAGCGAGAUGAGUGCCACAACCCCAGAGUCAUCUGCGACUGGACUUAACUGUCAGGGGUCCUUUACCUUUACCUUUCUGUUGAACAGUGUAAUACAAUGCCCUGUGCAUCAAAUGGUGCUUGGUUCCUGGUAAGUGCUGUAGGAUUGCAACCCAGAUAACUUAAGUAAGACAAGCAACCAUCUCUUGCAGCCUUUCUAGUAUUUGCAGAUAUGCACACGCAGAAACACACAUACAUCUGACAGCCUUGGCUAAUGUUGCAUCUUCCGCUUAGAUUGCUUCAAUAUGUCAUAGUCCUCUCCCACCAGUUUGUCCACCUUUCCAGUGCCAAUUUCUUCUUGUCUCCUCCAACCAUUGCAUCUGGAAGCAAUCGUCUUAAUAUUCUACUUCUACCCUGUAUAAAAAAAGCAAUGUCACAGAGAAAGUAGCAACCUUGCAAACUGCGCGAUUCCCGGAAGGCAAAUUUGAGAUUGACAUCGCCUCGCUAAGUUCGACUCAGAUUCAUGUGCAAACAAAUUUUCCACCGUAACCCCAGAGGACAGGCGAAACUGCGGAGGAAGCCGAGUGUGAUUUGACAACCGCGCGGGCUUGUAUCAGUUUCUUGACUUUUAAAGGCAGUGGGCUUAACAGAAUAAUGGCAAUAUAUGAUCUGCUGCUUUUGGGCAGGACACAAAGCAUGAAAAUAUUUGCUCUUACAAGACGCCUCCCCCCUCCCCUGCGAAUCUUUUCCUUUCCUUCUUUUUUAGGAGUCUGGAGGUUCCUGGAAGAACAGGGAGCAGAUGUUUAUCGCAAACAGCAGCCUUCUGCUUGGAGCUAGAUCUGCGUGCCUUACCUCGGAGGAACUGUGGAGGAACUGCGAAAAGCACUGUCAGACAUUUGGGACAUCUGUGGAGACUUCAAGACUACUGCAAGUUACCUCCCUUGUGAGCACUGCAACCACACGCAUAUGUGAAUAGGCAGUCACAGAUCACGCACCACGGACAGAUAUUUCAUAAGACCACAUAGAGAGAAAUCUGAUUCAUUUAAGGGAAGAACUUUCCGAAAGUAUAAGCAAACCAGAACACAGCCAUUCUGAAAGUUCUUACCUCUCUGAAUUCUGCAGUGCAUAUGCUAGGGUAAUGUGCGCACACACAUAUAUAUAAGUUUAUUGGCAUAAAUACAUUGUUGUUGUUUAGUCGUUUAGUCGUGUCCCACUCUUCGUGACCCCAUGGACCAGAGCACGCCAGGCACUCCUGUCUUCCACUGACUCCCACAGUUUGGUCAGACUCAUGCUGGUAGCUUCGAGAACACUGUCACCAUCUCGUCCUCUGUCUUCCCCUUCUCCUUGUGCCCUCCAUCAUUCCCAACAUCAGGGUCUUUUCCAGGGAGUCUUCUCUUCUCAUGAGGUGGCCAAAGUCUUGGAGCCUCAGCUUCAGGAUCUGUCCUUCCAGUGAGCACUCAGGGCUGAUUUUCUUAAGAAUGGAGAGGUUUGAUCUUCUUGCAGUCCAUGGGACUCUCAAGAGUCUCUUCCAGCACCAUAAUUCAAAAGCAUCAAUUCUUUGGCGAUCAGCCUUCUUUAUGCUCCAGCUCUCACUUCCAUAUAUCACUACUGGGAAAACCAUAGCUUUAACUAUAUGGACCUUUGUUGGCAAGGUGAUGUCUCUGCUUUUUAAGAUGAUGUCUAGGUUUGUCAUUGCUUUUCUCCCAAGAAGCAGGAGUCUUUUAAUUUUGUGGCUGCUGUCACCAUCUGCAGUGAUCAUGGAGCGAUCCCCUUCAUGGAUCACUGCCUUGCCGUGGCGAAGGGGCUUGAAUAACUCAGAGAAGCUAUGAACUAUGCCAAGCAUAAAUACAUACAGGAUACAAUAAAAAUGGGUACGGCAAAUAAAAUUUAAUAUGAAAGAAAAAUGAAACACAUGCAGAGGAGGGGCAAAACACCAGGAGACUACUGAAAAUGCAACAUCAUGUUCAAUUGUCACAUAUGAAGAGAAAAAAGUGGGUCAGGAUUUGAAAUACGAGCCCUGGAAUGGAAAUAAUUAUAAAUGCUACGGAAGAAGCAUGUAUUAGAUAAAAGUAUGCUAUGUAAUGCAGUAGAAAAAGGGUGGGAACAAAAACAUCAUGGAAGUAAGCGUGGGAAGUCAGAUCAUUAAGGGAAAUAAGUAUUGAAGUUGAAGGUAAUUUGUUAAAGUUUCUGAAAAUUUAAUCUAUCUAUCAUCUGUCUGUCUGUCUAUCUAUCUAUCUAUCUAUCUAUCUAUCUAUCUAUCUAUCAUCUAUCUAUCUAUCAUCUAUCAUCAUCUAUCAUCUAUCUAUCAUCUAUCUAUCUAUCUAUCUAUCUAUCGAGAUAAGGGACAAGAUAGGCCUUUGGCCUGAUUCAGCAAGGCUCUUAUGUUCUUCAUAUAGAUGUAUACUCAGAAGUAAGUUCCACUGAUUUCAAUGGGCCUUACUCCCAUGUAAGUGGAUAUAGGGUUGCAAUCGGAAUGAAUGAAGACAGAGAGACAGAGGGAGGGAGGGAGAAGCAACAAUGUAAAUUUGACACUUUUAAGAAAUGUUAUGAAUGACUGGAAAAUGUAUUCUUUAAAACAGCUCCUUUGUGUGAAAGUGUGUGUGUGCUUGCAAGCAGAGAUACAUGUGUGCAGUGCAUUACCAUUAGCCAAAAUGAGCUGGUAGCAGCCUAGCCAUUAUAGGUUUCCUGAAAGAUGCUAAUCUAAAUGCAGCCUAGUGAGCUUAUAUAUCAGCCCUGACCUUUAUUUAACCUGUGUUCUUGGCACCAAACAGAGAAUUUGACAAUGCUGAAUCUGAAAGCCCAAACAUCCCAAGACAUCAGAUGGAAUCACCAAUUUAUUUAAACCACAAGGGCUUUUUAAAAAAUAAUAAUAAUGCUGGGUUCGAGAGGCUUAGAUCUGACACAGCUCGGAGUGUGGAUUUGCGAGCCUGGAAAACCUGUCUCCGAAAUGAUGUCUCUGUGCACUGUGGUUAACCUCUUUCUGGCAAAUUAGUUUGUGACCUGAGAACAGUUAAAUAAAACUGUGAAGAUAUCAUGACAAGGUUAUGUUGAGUGGGCUCCCUCCCCCCACACCCCUGUUUUAUAGCAUCAAGGCCCUGAUAUAUUUACAGGGGAACUUGUCACACGCCUGCUAUCCUACUGGUUUCUUUUAACCGUAUUGUUCAGAAUCGUGGAUUUUGUGCUUGUGUGAUAUAUACGAUUCUGAUAGCGCAAGCAGAAAUAUUAUCAAUCAUUUAUAUCGCUGUCUGUGGAGAAAAUGGAAGGUGAAACUUGAGUGGAGUUACUAAGGAUAAAAUAUAUGCUUCUGUUGGCAUGAGAAACAGCUUGGCAUGAGAAAUAGAGUGUGAUGGCAUGUGGAUCUGGCCCUGCCUAAUACUGAAAUGUGGUUUCCCCAGAUAGCUUUCCACCAGGGCAUGGGCACACGCAGGUCUUUUUUUCAGCCAGAACCCACCAGAACUCAGUUCCAGCACCUCUCAGGUGGGUGCCAUUGCCUUUCUAAGAGAAUGAAGUUCCUGGUGAGUUCUGGCACCUCUUUUUCUAGAAAAAACAGCACUGGGCAUAGCCGGGGGGGGCAGCUGCCCCCUCCCCAAACCAAGUAAAUAAGAAAAAAGAAUACCUAAAUAAAAUUAGCAGCGAUCAGAAUAUUUGAAAUUGAAACUCUUGCUGAGGUCACUUGGAUGACGUUGUGGGCACAUCCUGGCGAAGAUUUUGGCAGGUUUUUCUGAGCCCUCGGGGUCAAAAGAAAGUAAUUUAAAGCAACUGUGGUUGAGACAUUUCAUUCCAAAUCUGCUAGGCAGAGAGAGACAGAGGAUGGUGACAAGUUGGUGUCCUGCUCCCCUGUAACUUAAAUCCUGGCUACGCCCAUACAUGAGGGUAGCCAUACUUUUGAACAGAGAAAGCGUGUUCUCCUUCAUGGAGAGCACGGGUUGCGGUGGGGGCUGACAAGACACUCCAAAAUUGUGGGGCGGGCUAAUUGAUCAUUGGCCACUGUUGUGAUUGGGCUUCCCUUGUGGUUGGGAAGAAGUUAAUGUUGCCAUUUUGUGAUUGACAGCUUGAAACGUUAAAACUCCCUGCACGAAGCAUAGAGCUUCCUCUUUUCGCUCCGUGCAUCGGAUUGCCCAUCCCACCUCCCUAUAUUUAGGGUUGUUCGCUUUGACCUUGCUAUGCCUGUCAUGGGGUCGUCUGCUUUGGGGCAGGGGCUUGGUAGGAAUUUUGUCCAUUUGGCUGAUUGGCUGGUGCUAUUUGGUUUUUGCCUACUGCGUAGCAAUUCAUCACAACUUGUAAGGUUGCGGUUAGGCAUUGGUUUUUGGUUUGGUUGGUUGAGGAGCAUGGAUUGGCUGUGCCUGCCCCUCUAAUGCUGCUGCUGCAAGGGUAUUCCGUUAAAGGAAUACAGGGGCUCACCAUUGCUUUUGUCCGAACCCUGUCAAGGGGCUAGGGCCACACAAGAGCCCCUGGUUGCUUUUGGGGAGGGCUGAGGGCAGGUUCCCUGCUCCAUCACAAUCCCCAAAAUGUAUUCCCCUUUUCUGGCUUUCGCAGGAUUGCGAAAUGUCAGUCUGUCCCCAUCGGGGGCAGAUAGUCGCAACCAAUGCCUAAGCAACCACUCACAUUUUGUAUUUUAAUAAAGUUGUGGCCAAAACUAUGCCAAAAACCUU